AUGUUAAAACAUUUGGCAAGGCUGGUGAAGGAAGGGAUUGUGGAAGUAUCCCCUGCAAGGGAAUCCACGUGUCUAGACAUCAUAAAUUAUGCUAAACAUUUGGCAAGGCUGGUGAAGGAAGGGAUUGUGGUAGUAUCCCCUGCAAGGGAAUCCACGUGUCUAGACAUCAUACAUUAUGUUGAAACAUUCGGCAAGGCUGGUGAAGGAAGGGAUUGUGGAAUGACUGGUGUGAACCUUCAUCUUAUUACUCCACUUGUAAGCAUAGUCUGUAUCUUCUACACAACUGUGGGAGGACUGAAGGCGGUGGUAUGGACAGACACGCUACAGACCAUCCUGAUGCUGGCAGGUGUAGUUGUGGUCCUAGUGAUGGGUACGUGGCAUUUAGGAGGGCCUGGUGUGGUUUGGGAGCGAAAUAGAUUGUCUGGAAGACUGGAAUUCCUUAACACGGACCUUGACAUAACCACCAGACACACGCUGUGGACUAUGUUGUUCGGCAAUUACUUCUACUGGUUGGCCGCCUGCUCUGUCAACCAGGCAAUGGUGCAACGCUGCCUGGCCAUGCCUACCCUGAGAAAAGCUAACUACACAGUGCUGAUUCUGGCCGUGGGUAUCAUGGGGUUGGUGUCGAUGUGCUGCUACACAGGUCUUGUUCUCUUCGCAUACUUCCACGACUGUGACCCCGUCUCAACCAAGAUGAUCGGCAAGUCAGACCAGUUGUUGCCGUACUUCGUAAUGGAGAUCGCCGGUGCAGUGCCGGGCUUUCCUGGAGUCUUUAUGUCUGGUGUGUUCAGUGCUGCUCUCAGUUCCAUGUCUACGGGCCUAAACUCUAUGUGUGGUGUGAUAUACACAGACUUCGUCACACCCUGUUUGAGGAGACCCAUCUCAGAGGCGAGGGCCUCUUGGAUAAUGAAAGGGAUAGUCCUCACCAUUGGCGUCCUCUGUGUCGCCAUGGUCUUCUUAGUGGAACAGCUGGGCGCGAUCAUACAGGCUGGCAAGAGUCUCGGGGGAAUUACUACAGGAGCUCUACUCGGAGUAUUCUCUCUAGGGAUGUUUUUCCCAUGGGCCAAUUCAAAGGGUGCUCUGGCUGGAGGUUUGGCGUCCAUUGUGUUCCUGGCUUGGCUGUCUGUGGGUACUCAGAGAGCUGUUGCUCGUGGUGUUAUAACAUUCCCUCAGAAGCCAGUCUACACCUACGGCUGUCCAGAGGACAUCCUGAACCGGACAAUUGCCUUCGUCACACAUCCCCGGGUACUUGAGGAGCCACUGGCCGUAUACAGGGUUUCCUACAUGUGGUACUCAGUUAUUGGUACCACAAUCACCCUAGUUGUAGGCAUGCUAGUCAGCUGGGCCACGGGGUUUACAGACCCGGCCACUGUCGACCGCGACCUGCUUACUCCCGUUAUACACAGGUUUCUACCAGACCCGGCCAAGCGACAAGCUAAAUCACAUAUGCAGCUGGAAAAGAAAUCCUAAAGAGAACGAGCUACAUUGCCUUGUACUUUUCUUUCUUAUUACAAGUUAUG